AUGAAUUAUUAUUAUAAAAUUUUAAUAUUUUUAUUAUUUUUAAUUGUUUUAAAUAGUAUUACAAUCGUAAAAUCAAAUUUAUUAGGUGAUAUAAAUUACAACGCAUCAGCUGAUGUUAUUUGGAAUUUUGAUGAAAUAGAUAAACUAUUAUUGGGAGGGUCACAUAAUGAUACUUCAAAAAAAUCAUUUGGAAAGGUUAUUUGUAUCUUUCAUAAUUUAAAGAAUCAAACCGAACUUUCAGUUGAAUUUAAAUUAAAUAAUAAAUUAGUAUACAUUUAUCAAAGAAAUCUUUUGAAGGCUGAUAAUGGAGAUUCAAAUGGCGCAUAUGUAACAAUGGAUGAUAAUGAUCAAAAAAUUUUACUUGCAAUUUUUAAUGAAUUAAAAUCACCAAAACCAACACCGACCAAUCAAAUAAGGGUCAAUACAAAAGAUUCUUAUUUUACUGCUCACUUCAUUGGUGAUAUUAAUAGUGAAUUAUUUAAAAAAAUUGAUAAAGUUAUAACUUGGAAUCCAAUAACAACAAAAGUAAAAGAAUGUGAUUCUCUUCAAAAAUUAUUUAUUAAAUAUUCAAAAAAAAUUUAA